UUGUAGUGACCGAGACUAGUCUUGAUCUCAAGGCCACGUUUAGAAGGUCUUGUCCCAGACACAGUCUAACUCACUGUAAUUUAAUGGAAACUUCUGUCUUGUAAUGUAUUGUCACAGAUAGCAGCUGCUAACCCUUCAUGGCCCCCUUUUACACAAAGUAAAAGUUAGGUUCAUGAAGACAAAAACGAGACAUCUACAGGAGGAGACAUCAAAAGGAAAACAUCACUUCCACAUUUGGGUGAAAGAGCUACAGGUAUGACACUGAAGAAUGAAGAUUGAUUAAUGUACACUUAAAAUUCCACAAAAUAAAUGUACAGCCUAACUUUGCCUGGGUACGAGCAGACAGGUAAGUACUUUAUUUAAGUGGAAAAAUCCAAUUAUUAAAGCACUAAUGUUGCAUAAAACUGUUUCAAAUGCAACCAAAGUGUUCUCAACUAGGGUGCAGUAAAAACUGUAUAAGGACACGUGCAUAAGUCGUGUAGAAAGGGUGCUAUUCAGCCCUGCAGUAGUAACACGUGCCUCGAAAGCUAUGAAAAUAUGUUAUUAUGAGUUAGGACCACUUCAUGGAACUCAGCUGGGAACUCUGAGAAUUAUUUUGCAUUCGAGUAAGGAGGUUGUGACAUUCUUCAAACCAGCAAAGCUCCUCCUCCACCUUUUUUUACGUGUCCUUAGGAUCACAUUGCAGAUAUGUUUAUAUAGCACCUUAAUGCUAACAUGUUGUUGUCGUAUACUUGUUUGGCUGCGAUUGUUUCUUAAAUUAUCAAGUAAUAAGAUAUUGUCUACGUUGUCUCGUCAAUUGUGGGUGAUAUUGUUUCGCUGACUGUCUCAUUACACGCCACACAAAUUGCCAACGAUUGUUUAGCGAGUAUUGCUCAACCGCUGCCACUUUUGUUAUGAACUUUUUACCUACUUCGAGUUGCGUUUGUUUGCAAACAAAGGACAGCCACGUGUAGAACCCGAGGCGCCUGGGGACUGUAGUUUAUUUUCAAGUAAAAGAAGCUUGCGACACUCUCAAUUGAACGUCAUUACCCAUGAUGCACCGACAGGAACAGUAAGCGGACGCUGUGGGCUGGAUUUUCUUUUCUUUUUUUCCCCUCUGACAUGUAUAUAUGGGUCCAGUGUUUACAGUUAGCUAGUUAGAAGUCUUUGUUUUUGUCAUCAUCUCAAAGUCAAAAUGUCCCGGCUGUACUCUAGCCUGACUUCCUCUGUUUCAUAACUGUUCUCAUUAGAACAGAGUAAAAGCUGACGAUUUAACUUUUUAGAACAGAGUUUUCAUCUUUCUCCAUACUUUUUUUGUUGUUGUUGUUGUUCUCACUUUGUGACCGAGAGGGACGCUUCGCCGGGAAACUUCAGCACAAGGUGAUCUUAAAGCUGAGAGAGGGUCUUCUGUGAAGGUGGCAGCCAUGGUGUUGAUUUUGGGCAGGAGGAUAAUCAGAGAGGACUCUGGGAUCAGAGACUCACCAGCUGUCAAACGCAAGGUGUUUGAGGUUGAUCCAAAAACAUUAGCCAGCCAAGAGGUCUUGGAUUUCUGUUCUGGCUCAUCCCACUCAGAGGGCAUCCUGCAGGUGUUCAAUGAGUUUCGUGAUUGCCGCCUGUUCACUGAUGUGGUCAUCAGCGUGCAGGGUCGCGAGUUCCCCUGCCACCGCGCUGUGCUCUCUGCAUGCUCUUCCUAUUUCAGAGCCAUGUUCUGCAAUGAUCAUCGUGAGAGCCGGGAGAUGCUGGUGGAGAUCAAUGGCAUCCUGGCAGAGGCCAUGGACUCCUUCCUCACCUAUGUUUACACAGGCCGUGCCAAGAUCACCACUGAGAAUGUCCAGUUCCUCUUUGAGACCUCCAGCCUCUUCCAGAUCUAUACACUGCGAGAUGCCUGUGCUAAGUUCCUGGAGGACCAGCUGGACCCCUGUAACUGCCUGGGCAUCCAACGGUUUGCAGAUGCCCAUUCUCUGAAGCAGUUAGCCAGUCGUUGCCGCAGUUAUGCCCUGGCCAAUUUCUCAGAGGUGGCUCAGCAUGAGGAGUUCCUUGACCUACACAAAGAAGAGCUGGAAGAGUAUAUAAACAGUGAUGAGCUGUCUGUUGGCAAAGAGGAGGUAGUGUUUGAGGCAGUAUUGCGAUGGGUGUACCACAGCGUGGAGCUUAGGAGGCCGAUGCUGAAGGCCCUGCUGCACCAUGUACGCCUGCCCCUUCUGCACCCCAACUAUUUUGUCCAGACAGUGGAGGGAGACCAGCUCAUCCAGAAUGCUCCAGAGUGCUAUCAGCUUCUCCACGAGGCCAGGCGCUACCACGUGCUUGGAAAUGAAAUGAUGUCACCCAGAACUCGUCCACGCAGGUCAACUGGCUACUCAGAGGUGAUUGUGGUGGUGGGUGGCUGUGAGAGGGUGGGCGGCUUCAAUCUGCCCUACACUGAAUGCUAUGACCCCGUCACAGGAGAGUGGAAGUCACUGGCCAAACUGCCUGAGUUUACUAAGUCAGAGUAUGCAGUCUGUGCGCUCCGCAACGACAUUGUGGUGUCAGGUGGUCGUAUCAACAGCAGAGAUGUUUGGAUGUACAACUCACAGCUCAAUUUGUGGAUCAGAGUGGCUUCUCUGAACAAAGGCCGAUGGAGACACAAGAUGGGUGUCCUACUAGGCAAGGUCUAUGCCGUGGGUGGCUAUGAUGGCCAGAGCCGUCUGAGCAGCGUGGAGUGUUACGACUCCUUCUCCAACCGCUGGACAGAGGUGGCACCAAUGAAAGAGGCCGUCAGCUCUCCUGCUGUAGCCAGCUGUGCCGGCAAGCUCUUUGUUAUUGGAGGAGGCCCUGAUGACGAAACUUGUUCAGACAAGGUUCAGUGCUAUGAUCCAGAGACAAAUACCUGGUUACUACGGGCCAACAUCCCCAUCGCCAAGCGCUGUAUCACAGCAGUGUCCCUCAACAACCUGAUCUAUGUUUGCGGUGGUCUCACCAAAUCCAUAUUCUGCUAUGACCCCAUGGAGGACUACUGGAUACAUGUGGUUCACACUUUUAACAAACAGGAGAGCUGUGGCAUGUCAGUGUGCAAUGGUAAGAUCUUCAUCCUUGGCGGCAGAGGGGAAAGUGGUGAAGCCACAGACACCAUCCUGUGCUACGACCCAGCAACAGGCAUCAUCACAGGAGUGGCAGCCAUGCCGCGGCCCAUCUCUUAUCAUGGCUGCGUCACCAUCCACCGCUACAACGACAAGUAUCAUAGGCCCUGAUUAUAAACAAGCACAAAGACACACACACACACACACGCACACAAAUCUUUAUACCUUUAUUU